AUGAGUUGGAAAAAUACUCACAAAUGGCUUUAUCUGCAACUCAUAAGUUCUGAAUUUCACAGGUUGACGAUUAUAUGUCGUAAUGGUCUUGGACUACAAUGGGAUCAUCCAAAAGGUACUGAUUUUGGUACUGGUAUUUAUAUUGUACGUAGUGUUCUUGAUGCAUCAUAUGUAGAUCAAAGAAGUACUUUAGCAAAUUCAUCUAAUUCAAAACAAGAUGAAGAUCAAAAUCGACCAACUUGUAUUGUAUUUCGAUGUCCAAAAGAAGAGUUUGAUACUUAA